CCCAACGUCGGGCGCGCAGUUGGAUUCGCCCAAAGCGAGGCUCCGCGGCGUAAAGGCGCGCAUUGUUAAUGCCUCUUAAUCAAUUAUAAACAACAAACAUCAACAACAACAAACGCAAACAGCACAACCCCCCCCCCCCCCAGCCUUCGUCUAUGCUCUAACCAUGGCCCGAACGUUUCAGCCGGGUGACUUGGUUUUCGCUAAGAUGAAGGGCUACCCGCACUGGCCUGCCAGGAUCGACGAACUUUCCGAUGGAGCCGUAAAACCGCCAAACAAAUAUCCCAUAUUUUUCUUUGGCACCCAUGAAACUGCCUUCAUCAACGCAAAAGAUAUCUUUCCAUACAAAGAAUACAAGGACAAGUUUGGAAAGCCAGGGAAGAGGAAAGGAUUCAACGAAGGACUAUGGGAAAUAGAAAACAAUCCCACAGUAAAGUUCAGAGGAAAUGAAGAGCAGUCGGGCUCUUCUGAAACGGAGCAGGAUCAGAAGGGCGAGAAGGUGGAGGAGAGCAGUGAUGAGGAGGGCAAGUUGAUCAUUGAUGAGCAUGGGAAGGAGAAAGAGAAGGAAAAGGAGAAGGAAAAAGACAAAGAUAAGGAGAAAGAUAAAGGAAACAAGCUUGCUGUAAAACGGAAGAAGUCUCCAAAUGAAGAGUCAGGGAAGCGGACAAGGUCAGAUGACCAGGAAAAUAAAGAGGAUCAAGACAGUAAUUCGGAGCACGAGCAAAACACGGAGCAGGUUGCAAACUCUCCAGAAAAGCCCAGCGAUGAGACUUAAUUCUGUCAACCAGAAGUCAAAUUAUACAUUAAUUAUUCUGGUAUGCCACCUUCAAGUGAACAUUUCCUUUGUGCACCAGUAUGCCAAUUUUAAACUGCUUAUGUAUUGUCCAGAAUCAUGUGGUAUUAUCUCACUGAAUACCAGUUUUCAGUGUUUUACUGUGCUUUGUUUUGUAUUACCUUAGGCUUUGCUGGUUUGCGUUGUAAUAGCUCUUUUGUGUUGCAUAUCUAAAUUGCCUUUCAAUGUAUAUGUAAUGCAUAUUAGUUGUGAAAAUAUAGUUUUACUUUUGAUCUGCUUUAUAAAUGUUUCAAAACAAGUUUUCUAUCCAUGUCUGUGUAUUUGCAAAUAAAUGUAGUGUAGAAAAUGCAUCUAAAAAACAUAAUGUAAAAGUUUUAUAACAGAUUUUUGUUGCAAAUGACGUGGGUUUUUACAAACAAUACACUUAAAAUGUACAGCAAAGUCAUGUUCUGAUGAGUGUUACAUUUUAUUUUAAUUGGUAUAAUUGCAGUUAAACACUUAAAUUCCUGUGGUUUUGUUAGUGUCCUAAAUUCGGAUAGACUGAGAAUCUGAUGUGAUGUGAUUUGUUGUAUUAUGUGACUGCACAUAUUCCAGGGGAUUGGAAUUGAUUUUAUGACUGCGUAUUUCUUUUAUGAGUCUGUUUACUUUAUCCCCAUUCAUUCAUGUAGUGUUACCACUUUUGUUAAUGUAAUUUCUCUUUAAAUAAAGUGUACACUGUACUCUGAAAGCUUCAUUAUGCAGUUUAUCUGCCGUAGCUAAGUGUUAAAGUAGUUAUAAAUCACACUUCAUACGAAUAAAUUGUGUGUGUGUGGGUGCAUAACAAUGAUGUACAAUGAUACGAAAAUGUAUGUGUAACACACGAUAAUGUGAAAAGACCACAAAUGGGGACCAGCGCCCAAACAUGUUUGAGAUUGUGAAAAUGUGGUUAAAAUUUAAAGAUAAGCUCCCAAAAUUACUCUGGUUUGUCAAAAAAGUGUAUUAAAACAUGCUACAGUAUAGACAACAUGAAUGGGUGAAAUUGGGGAAAGCAGCGAAUGGCACAAACGAAAAUGUAAAUUACAGCAAAUUGUGAUGUAUAAACAUUAUCUUCCUUUUCA